UUGCGAUCCGCCAAUACACAUUUUGAGAAGAAUAACUUUGGGGCCAUUGCGUGAGCAUGCGUGCUUCCCUUCUGCACACACAAUUUUACAACAACACAUCUAGCGAGGUAAAAUGGCGUCGGGUGCCAUUUCAACGGAGUCAAAGAAAAUAACAGAUUUACGAGUUAUAGAUCUCAAAUCUGAACUCAAGCGAAGGAAUUUAGAUGUCACAGGUGUGAAGAAUGUUCUAAUUGCCAGGCUGAAACAGGCCAUUGAGGAGGAAGGUGGAGAUGCAGAGACAAUUGAAAUUCCACUCCCAGCAGACACGCCUAAUAGAAAAAAUGCAAAAGCUAAAGGAAAGAAAGUGGACUCUGACACUGACAAUCCAAUGGAAGAGGAAUCCUUCUCCAAGGAAGAGGAAUCCUUCUCCAAGGAAGAGGAAUCCUUCUCCAAGGAAGAUGAAUACUUCUCCUUCUCCAAAGAAGAUGAAUCUCCUACCAAGGAAAACAAAUCUUUUUCCAAGGAGGGAGACGAGGAUGACAUUGAAGAAGAUGUAACUGAUACAGAUGAUGGUACUCGUGAAAGUUCUAAACCUCCACCCAGUGAGGACGUUGAGGCAGAAGCCGAGGCGGAGGCUGAACAAGUGGAGGAGAUCGAAACUGAAGUUGCCGUCUCCGCUAAAGAAGAUGAGGACGAUAACAUAUCCGUCACACUCCAGAAUGAAGAUGCCAUCACGCUGGAUGUUGAUGGUGAUGACCUCCUGGAAACAGGUAAACAUGUGAAACUUCCAGAUUCAGAGGCAGACAAGGGCUGUGACGAGCCAGAGGCCUCUGCUGAGACGAGCCCCAAGGAUGCCAUGAAGAUGGAAGUGGAAGGCCAUAAAGAUGGUAAGAAGGAUGACGGGACGAAGGUUGACUCCUCUAAGAAGGAAAGCAGAGAGGCCUCGAAGAAAGCUGAAAUGGGAGACAAAGACAAGGAUUCUGGGAAGAAAGGCCCCUCGUCUACUGGGGCAUCAGGUCAAGGAAAGAGUUCUUCAAAGGACAGAGAUGGAAAGGCCACAAAAGAUGACAAAGGAAGUAUCAGCAGUAGCAGUGCAAGCAGCUCCACUCGAAACAUAUGGGUGAGCGGCCUGUCCUCCAACACCAAAGCAGCUGAUUUGAAAAAUCUCUUUGGCAAAUAUGGGAAGGUUUUUAGUGCCAAAGUGGUUACUAAUGCUCGUAGUCCUGGAGCCAAAUGUUAUGGCUUGGUGACAAUGUCUUCCAGUGCAGAGGUGGGAAGGUGCAUCUCCCACCUGGACCGCACAGAACUCCACGGCCAGCAGAUAUCUGUUGAAAGGGUUAAAAGUGAUCCCUUCAAGAAAGAACCUUCGAAGAAGGAAUCAGAUGACAAAACCAGCUCCAGCAAAUCAAGUGACAAACGUAGUGCGUCGACAAGCAAGACUAGCAAAACCCAGCCAUCCUCCAAAAAAGAGGAGAAGAAGUCCGACAAGCCAUCAGACAAAGACGGCAAGGAUUCAUCCAAGAAGCAGGAGUCCAAAAGCACAACAUCCAGCUUAGGCCCAGAUGCCUCCAAGAAAGAUGAUAAAAAGCAUGGUGGAAGGACCAAGAGCCCUGGCAAGAUGGUGGUGAUUGAUCAUGCCAAAGGAGACCUGAACAAAGUGAGACCACCGUUCAGGAGGGGGAGAUUUGACAAGCCGGGUUUCACCACCAACAACAACAUGAUGCAGCGAAGACCCAGAUAUUUCAUGCCCCCCGAAGAGAUGGAGAUGAAUAGAGUUAGAGUUUUCCCCAACAAGGGAGGCAGCAAAGACAUCCUCCCCUUUGAGAAGAUGAAAGAGCAGAGGUUGCGCGAGCGUAUGGUCCGGCUGGAGCGCGUCCGCAGGGCUGUGGAGCUUCGCAGGCGGCGUGAGAUAGCGGAGCGGGAACGCCGGGAGCGUGAGCGUAUCAGUCUGAUAAGGGAGCGGGAGGAGAGGGAGAACCUGCUCCGAGAACGCCAGAGGCUUGAGGUGGAGAGGCAGAAACUGGAGAGGGAGCGCAUGGAGAGGGAAAGGCUGGAGAGGGAAAGGAUCCGCAUAGAGCAGGAGCGGCGAAAAGAGGCGGAGCGUAUGGCUCGUGAGCGGGAGGAGCUGAGGAGGCAGCAGGAGCAGCUCCGCUACGAGCAGGAGAAGAGAAACAACCUGAAGAGAGGCCGCGAUGUGGACCACAGCCGGAGGAAUGAUCCCUACUGGAAUGGCAACAAGAAGAUCCAGCCAGAGUCUGAGGGCCGUGUCAACCAGGGCUCGGACUACAACCGCCAGCAGAACCGCUUUACUGAGUUCAGCCCCCGGGAGAGAGGCAGAGGCUUCCCUGAGGCUGCAGCCGUUGAGCCCAACACCAUUGAGAGACGUAACCGCUUCAACAGUGAGCCUGAGGCCAAGAAGUCCCGCCCCACUGCUCGCAGAGACAGCUCUGGGUUUGAGCGCUACCCCAAGAACUUUGAGACUGUCCGCAGGGCCGAGCCUCCUCCAACUCCACGCGCAGACAUCCGUGACACAGACCGCAGAGAGAUCCGAGACAGGGACGAGCGCCGGGCCGCGCCCAUGCCGGAGCGCCGGGCAGCGCCCAUGCCGGAGCGGCCAGCAGGGGGCAGAGCACCCAUGCCUGGCAUGUCUCAUACCAGCCGCUCCCCCAGAGGCACCGGGCACGCUACUCAUACUGGGCAUGCAGGAUGGAAGAAUGACGGCGGCAUGAGUGCACCUAAGGGGGACAUACGUGGAGCUGUGCGUACCGGAGGUAUGCGGCCAGAGCGUUCAGGCAGAGAUGGCCAGGGGCCUGCUCUCAGAGGAGGCUCCUCAGUUAGCCGAGGAAGAUCCAACUUCAGUGGCCGGGUUGGAGGAAGACCCAUGGUCAUGGCAGACCAGCAUUUCAGCUCUAGCCGCCAGGUGGUGGUGGAGCGGCAUGGCCGGGACCAGCCGGCCCCCAGGAAGGAGUGGCAUGGUGGGGCUGGAUCGCAGGGAGGGGGCUUCCCAGACAGCCGCAGGAUGGGAGACAGCCGUGGCAGCAUGAUGGCCCCACACUCAAGCCACUCUUCGUCUGCAAUGAACAGAAUCGUGCAGAUCACCAACAGUUCCAUGUCCAGUGUUGGCGGAUUCAAGCCCUUCAAAGGAGCACCCCGACGGUUCUAACUGCCUCUCCCCAGAUCAGCUUUAGCUUAUUUUUCAAGAGGCUGGUUUCUAGCCAUCGAUAUAGAAAUGUUUUGUUCUGUAUAGGUUACCUCAAUGUAUGGUUUCUUAACAGUUGUGCUGUGACUUAAACAACCCUGUGCACAUAAUGUUCAACUUACUUUUAGAAUAGAAUUGUACAGCUUUAGUUAUUUGUAAGUUUGACAUUAACUCCUCUUCCCCUAACUGAAACUAUGUAAACAGAUCAAUGUAUUCUUUUAACCAUCAUUUUUAGUAAUGCCCCUGGUGCUUCUGAAGGUUAUUAAAAUAUUAAUUUUG